GUAAAUAUUGUCGUAGCAACAUUUUCAUUCCAAACAAUUUGACAAAAAUAUUCUUAAUCGGUUCGUUGGUGUCGAUAAUGGAAAUGAACGCCUCCAACGUCAAUGUCACUGUCAACGUCACCGGCUUGGAAGAAGAAACCUACAACGCCUUAUCCGACAUCACAUUAUUUUAUAAAAUAUAUUUGGAAUUGUAUACGAUUCUUUCGAUAUUAUGCAUAAUAGCAAAUUCUUUAUUAAUGUUCGUCAUAUUAAAACACAGGAGAUUGAGGAAAGAAAAAGAAAAUAUCAUUUUACUUAAUUGGUGUGUACUUAAUACGUUUUUUAUGGUGACGCAGCCGGCUACGUUCAGAAUUGAAAUGUACUGGACUGGGAUUUGGAGGUACACGACGUUUUGCGUUUUGGAACAAACCGAAUAUACAGCUUUAUUCGGCGAUGUUAUUUUGAUAGAAUUGUUAUUUUUGUAUUGGUUUUUGAAAAUGUACUAUCCCAGAGCGUCUAGGAAAUUGUCGGCGCAUCUUCACUUCGUGCUGAUUAUUGUAUAUGUCUUAUUCGUUACAUGCGUGGCCUUACAUAUAGGAACUUGCGUCAGAAGAUCUCGUGGAUAUGCUGAAGUUAUUUUGGUAUUAUCUUAUAGUAUUUUUUUACUGUUUAUGAUCGUUAUGAAUAUAACUCAUCUUGUGAAACGUAGGAAGUUAGUUCAGACUACCCCUGUAUCGAACGUACCGUAUAUUCUGAGUAAUAUUUUCUUUUUAGCAGUUUUUCCUUUACUCGUUGUCGGUUUCGUGGGUUUAUUCAUCGAAGCACAUUAUUUUCUAAUCAUUAGUUUAGUAAAUAUUUCUUUAUUUUUAAGUAUAAUGAAUCCGAUUUAUUUUUUCGUCACAUUGUAUAAAUUCGACAAUAAUUAUAAUACUUUCUUGGGUUACGUACUUAGAUGUAAAUGCAAUCAAUACGGAAAUGAUGAGAUGCAAGAAGAACCUGUCGUUUAUAACACUACUGUACAGAUAAGUUGAAUAUUUUUUUUUCAAAAAAAACAUUGUGAUAUCAAAAAAAUGUAGUCAUUUUAUUAAUUAAGUUAAACAAUUAUAAGUAACACUUUUUA